UGAUCAACUUGCCGGAGAGAGUUUACCAACCACCGAUUUUCCGUCGUGAUUUCUGCGUCCUUUUUUGUGCUUUUUCUGAGAGAACGAGAGAGAGUUCUAGUUGACACGGUACCGAAGAGUGUGAUGAAAUAUAUUGUGCUCAAAUCUGUUCAACAAAAAAGUGUCUCUACUGGGCUAUAAAAUAAGUCACUCAAUGCGCUAAUAAAGCUUGGGAAAUUAUUAACAUAAAUAAAGAUAAAUGUUAAAAGUGUUAGCUAAGAAAAUUAGGUCACAUUUUCUAGAUACAUAAAUCCAGUUGGCCUCAUUUUUAACUUCUACCCGACACUUAGUCAAAAGUAUCCUGCUCUGCGGAUACAAAUGCGUACGAAUGUGUGCUUUUGUUUAGAGCUCUGACCUGUAUCAAAACCAGAAGCGGAGUUUUUGCCAGACAAGACUACUGAAAGAUCGUCAAAUAAAAAAAGGAGCAAACACCAGCCAAAGCCGAGAGUGUGGUCGGAUAGAACAAAAAGAGCGCCGAUUAUCUACGCGAAGUGAGAGUAAGAGCUUUUCCUAAGGAGAGCUGUUGUUAUUGCGUGCGGCUGCAGAUAUCCUCGGAGAGUCAGCCACAACCACGGCAGGAAGAAUCCAGCCACAUCCAGAAACAAGAGGAACAUCAACAACAUCGAAAGGAGGCGAAAAUGUCGGCAAACGAUGCAAACUUUAUGCUGUUUCCCAACAUUGGUGAUUGUUCCUACGUUUCGUGUUACUGCGAGGAAAAUGUGUGGAAGCUGUGCGAGCAGGUGAAAAAGACACAUCCGGCCGAGCUCUCGAAAUGCUACGCCGUGUUCGUGUCGAACGAGAGGCGAACGGUGCCCCUGUGGAGACAAAAGGCCGGCCGCGGCGACGAGAAGCUGGUGAUAUGGGACUAUCACGUGUUCUUCAUGCACAAUCCAUCACCGAACCGGUGUCUGGUGUUCGAUCUGGACACCACGUUACCCUUUCCGACCUAUUUCCACAAAUAUGUCACGGAAACGUUCCGCUCGGACUAUGCGGUGACGCCCGAACAUCAUAGGUUCUUUAGAGUGAUACCUGCCGAAAAAUACCUUGCGGAGUUUUCGUCCGAUCGGAGACAUAUGCGCAGACCGGAUGGUUCCUGGAUCAAGCCACCCCCGUCGUAUGCCCCCAUCCAAACUAAUACCAACACGCACAGCCUGGAUGACUUCAUCUGCAUGAAGCCCGGCAAAGGCCCCGGCAGCGUGUACGACCUGCUGCAUUUCGUGCAACAGUUUUACAAACCACCCGACAGGAAUAUCACCAAAACGCAGAACUAAAUUACGCUUACGGUAGGCGGCAACGGUGUGCUCGGUGACAGUGGCUGCCUCACUCACUAUUUGCCGUUCCUGCUCCUGUUUCUACCGCUGCUGUUGUUGUUGCCGCCGCUGCUGCAGAUGCUACUGGUCCCAUCGUCGUUUCUGUUGGCCAUCGGUUCCGUUACCGCUACUGUCACCGCCGCUGCUGGUGCAAUGUGUAAUAAUUAUGAGCAGGUAUUUGUUACAGUGGUGGACGUUUUCAUCGUCGGUGGUAGCUUCAAUAAUUCACGUGGGUUCCACGGUGCGGUGAUUGAACGGUAGUACUCGAUCGAGAUGGAAAAUGACCAGCAACCACUGGCGGUCUGUAUGGUGCAUCAUCAGUUUUGUUUUUGUUUUCGAGGAACUUGAGGAAUAUGGAGGUAGAUUUUAUCACCGAGGAGUCGUAGUGUAGAAUGAAUAACAAUUUAUAGUUUAUUAGAGUUUUUUUUUGUUAUCGUACAAUAUGGACUGAAGAAUCUUAUUUGGAUUGUUUAUGAGCAAAAUAUUAAAAAAAAUACUGUCAUACUAAUGAUUAUUAAUUUAAAUUAAGUCAUACAAACAAUUCAACUGCUUUCAACAAACAUUUUAUGGGUAGGCUAAUAGUAAUCAAAAGAUGACCCAGAGAUACAUUUUAAAGUUUAUGUAAUUUUAUUUAAAAUGGUAUGGAAUGAUAUCUUCUUCCUCAAAUUUACUUGCCCUGGUAUUUUAAUUUUAUUCAGUAUCAGCGCUAGCUAUGCCCUUGCAGGUUAUUAUUAAAAGAUAAUAAUUCGUUCAAGUAUAGUGGAUUAUGUUACUUGAGUCGAGGAAUGUCUUUGCAUCUGCACAAUAAGUGCAGUAACGUUACGAGUAAUAAUUAGCAGCAUUAUUUGUUUUUUGUCUAUUUUCAUGUUAAAUUAAUUUACAUUUGAGACACUUUAUCCCAAGAUUGUACGAUAAUGAAGAAAUAUGAAAGAAUGUAAUAACAGCAACUACGUAGAAAACACAAUUUAAAAUUUUUAUGGAAAAUCUAAUUCAAUGUAUGCGCGUCCAAACAACAAGACAUACAUAUAUAUAAAGACAUAUGGUUUUAGUGUUAUUAAUUACUUAUUACGCUAUAGAGAUACUAAAAAGAACAGAAGGGUGAAUUUUCAACUCAUAGCAGCUGUUGAAAAUCGAGAAAUAGAUAUUAUACAAGUUAGAUAAUAAAUAUUAGAUCAACAAACACGAUUGUUGCAUUUAUAUUAAAAAAGAAUAAAACUCGAAGAGCUAA